CUUAUCUUUUUCUUGUACCAAGGUUGUAUCUGUUCGUCCGUUUUCUAUUUUCAUAUUUAAAUAGAAAAUAUUCUAAGAAUACAACUUGGACGGGCGACAAACAUUUGAGUAUUACAUUAUAAUAUUGUUCUUAAAUUAAUUAAUGGCAAUGAAGGUUUUAACGAGGCUUCAAGAAAUUCCGGAGUUUAACAGAGAAAACAUCCAUAUUAGAGACGAGACGGAACUAGUCGCGAAGUUAAAUAGAAUUAUAAAAGGCGGACACAACAAAUUGCAGAUAGUGACAGAUUUUGACCAUACGCUGACAAGACACACUUUGGAUAAUGGAAAAUCCGUUCUCACUAGUUUUGGUAUGUUCAGAGAAUGCCCUUCAAUCCCACAACACUAUAAAGACGAGGAUGUCAGGCUAGCAAGUAUAUAUAAGCCCAUCGAGGCCGACCCUGUUAUGACCGUGGAAGAGAAGACUAAACACAUGGUCGAUUGGUAUAUUGCUGCUCAUGCAUUACUCAAAGGAGUACAAUUUCCAAGAAGCGAAUUGACACAUGUAGCUAAUAAAAUGAUAGACAGUUUUAGGAAGGGCGUUAAAGAAUUGAUAAUUUGGAGUCAGACCCAUGAGGUUCCGGUGCUGGUGUUCUCGGCGGGAUUAGGAGAAUCCGUUGUGGCAGCUUUGAAGGCGGCGAAUUUUUUGUUACCGCAUGUCAAGGUCGUAUCAAACUUCUUAGCUCUCGACGAGAACGAUAAAAUAGUCGGUAUAAAAGGCGAGGUCAUACACACGUACAACAAAAACGAAACUGCCAUUAAAAACACCGAUUAUUAUAAUUUAGUACAGCAAAGGAGUAAUGUCAUCUUAAUGGGGGAUAAUAUCGGUGACGCCGGAAUGGCUGAGGGAAUGGACCAUUGUGAUGUUGUCGUCAAAGUAGGGUUCCUCGGUCAUAGCGCCGAAGGGAACCUCCCUAACUACAAGAAGAAAUUCGAUAUAGUCCUAGUCAACGAACCAUCUAUGGACAUUGUCAAUGCCAUGGUGAAACUGGUGCUGUGAUUAUGAUUCUAAUUAGUUUUACCAUAAUAGCAAAUGUGAUGUAAUAUUGAAAAUUUUUCUUAGGUACAUAUUGUUAUUGAUCGAUUUAUGUUUUUUAUGACAUUUGACAUUUUCAGAGUUGUCAAAUUUGACGCUUUUAAUAAACCGUCAGAUUACCACAAAUUUUUUCUAAAAAAUUUACAUCAUAAAUAUUUUGGAAGUUCAUCGGCAUAAUUAUGUUUACAUUUUUAGAAUAAUAUUCUAUUUAAAAAGGAGUAUAAUCUAAACGAUUUCUACCUCAGUCGGAAAGGGCAUAUUAGAUUCGGUACGUAGUAAAUUUAAUAAUAAAUUAAUUAAUUAAUUAAAUAAUUAAAUAAUUUAAUAAAUUUACGUAUGAACUAAUAGGCCCACAAAUGAAGCUGUAUAGAUAAAAUACAGCAGAGUUUAAAAGACUUUUAACUUUUAUUGGUUGUAAAUAUACAUAUGAAUCAAGUAUAUAAGCAUAUGUGGUAGUUUUGACGUAAAUUUUUUGUCGUUUACAAGUAGAACACUACUGUUUUUAUUUUUUAUUGUUAAUAUUUGUAUUAUAUAAAUUGUAUAUACAAUGAAAUCGCCCUAACUCGCGUAAAAUUUGAAUGAUUAUAAGAAAUGAUGUAUAGUAUUAAAACUGGCCUAUUAAAUUUUACUAAAAUAUUCAAGCAAUGUAUGUAUUUAUAAUUUGUCUGUGCUAUGUCUGACGAGAAUCGCGGGUGCAAAAUGAUUUAUCGUAAAAGUUAGUUUUAGCACAUUCAUCUUAAAAAUUAGGGCGUCUAGAAACGAUCAUGAUAGAAUGUUUUUUGUUAGAUAUUCUUCAUAGCAACUCCACAUUAUCAUAUUAAUUAAUUUAUAUAAACAAACAUUGGUAGUUUGUUGUUGCCAAUCAAACUUUGUAAUUAUUUGUCUUCCUCAUGAACACUGAUAACAGAACAUAUGUUUUCAUAUAUUUACAUAAUUAGUCUUGUUUUAUUUACUAAGUUUAUACUUUUAUUUAAUUAAUGUUUUUGUUAUCGUUCUAA